ACAGAGGAAUAUAAAGCCUGAUGGUGACAAAGGGUUAUAACUUUCUGUUUUUUCACUGUACAUCCUCCCCGGUUUCAGAUUUAGCAAUGGAUAUUCUUUGUGACGAGGAGAACCCAACUGCAAACUCCUUAAUCCAAUUAAAUCAUGAGCGAAGACUCUACAAAAAUGUUUUUGUGCCUGGAGAGGUUAAUGCAUCUCAUCUGUUUAACUUGACUGUGGACUCCGAAAACCUAACUAAUCUUUCAUGUGAAGGUAGCCUGACUCCGCCGUGUUAUUCAUCACUAUUUCAUCUUCCAGAGAAAAACUGGCCAGCUCUGCUGACAGUUAUAGUGAUUGUUCUAACCAUUGCUGGAAAUAUUCUUGUUAUCAUGGCUGUGUCACUGGAGAAAAAGCUACAGAAUGCCACUAAUUAUUUUCUAAUGUCACUUGCAAUAGCUGAUAUGCUGUUGGGUUUCCUUGUCAUGCCUGUGUCAAUGUUAACCAUACUGUAUGGAUAUACGUGGCCUCUGCCUACAAAACUCUGUGCUGUCUGGAUCUAUUUGGAUGUGCUUUUCUCCACUGCCUCCAUCAUGCACCUCUGUGCCAUCUCUCUGGAUCGCUAUAUUGCCAUACGAAAUCCCAUCCAUCACAGCCGCUUUAACUCCAGAACUAAGGCUUUCACAAAAAUAAUUGCUGUUUGGACCAUAUCUGUUGGUAUCUCAAUGCCAGUACCUGUGCUUGGACUACAAGAUGAUUCCAAAGUGUUCAAGAAAGGUAGCUGCCUGCUGGCUGAUGAGAGCUUUGUCUUAAUAGGCUCUUUUGUGGCGUUCUUCAUUCCUUUAACCAUCAUGGUGGUCACCUAUUUUUUAACUAUAAAAUCACUUCAGAAAGAAGCUACCUUAUGCAUUAAUGACCUUGGCACAAAGACCAAGUUUGCUUCAUUUAGUUUUCUCCCUCAAAGUUCUCUGUCAUCAGAGAAACUCUUUCAACGCUCUUUGAACAGAGAGCUGGGGAAUUCAGGAAGGAGGACUAUGCAGUCAAUCAGUAAUGAACAAAAAGCUUCCAAGGUUCUUGGUAUCGUCUUCUUUCUGUUUGUUGUGAUGUGGUGCCCGUUUUUCAUCACCAAUGUGAUGGCAGUCAUUUGCAAGAAAUCCUGCAAUGAAGAAGUCAUUGGAGGACUGCUUAAUAUAUUUGUCUGGAUUGGCUACCUUUCUUCGGCUGUCAACCCAUUAGUAUACACACUGUUCAAUAAAACCUACCGUUCUGCUUUCUCACGUUAUAUUCAGUGUCGAUACAAGGAGGAGAAGAAGCCUUUACAGCUUAUUUUAGUGAACACCAUACCUGCUUUAGCAUAUAACUCCAGCCAACUCCAGCUAGCACAAAUGAAGAGUUUAAAAAAAGAGGCUAAAAUGAUGGCCAAGGAUUAUUCUAUGGUUACAAUCGGAAUACAUCCUUUAGAUAGUACCUCAAAGGGCAGUAUUAGCCCAGUCAGUGAAAAGGUUAGUUGUGUGUGACUCUGCUAGCCUGUCAACAGCUGCCAUGGCAACCAAUGGUAUGUACUCAGAAAACUUCAUCUAACUCUGAGAAGCUUUGAUAGCUUAGGAAAAUUAGCCCUGUCUAAGAGAACUUCAAUAGCAUCACAUACUCAUGUUAUCCAGUUGAUGACAAACAGGGUUAAAAUGCUAUCAAAUGUGCAUUUUUUUCAUACAGUAUUUCAGCUGUUUUAAGCACAGGCUUUAUUAAACUUAUUUUUUUAGUAUCCUAAAUAAUAUAUUUCUUAAAGAAAAAUGCAAUUUAUUGUAUUAUUACACCAUGGGCUGUGAAGAAAUUAAUGUGUUUCUUUUCCUUCUGCAAAUGAAAACAAAGCUAUUGUUUGGUUUACUUGCUGGUUACGUUUGAAUUAAUUUGUCUUGCUACAAUGCAAUUUUAUUAUCAUUAACUGAAUGAGCACUUUACAGGAGUUUACAGGAAAAGAAAACAUCAGUUAAUUUAUGGAUAUAUAUUUAAAAUAAAAUAAAUAUUAAAGAAAAUGCUAUGAAAACCUGUAUAGAUCAACUAUGUGAAAAAUUUGGUGUUUUUAUGGAUAUUUUUCCUUUCCGAUUACAAUUCCGGAAUGUUGUUGGGUUUUCUGCCAUUUGUUCUGUACUUCAAGUUAGUUCUCUUCAAAAGUAAAUUAAAUUUGAA